AUGAGGGGCACCGACGUCGCCCAAAGACCAGUGACAGAGGAGAAUAUUCGCCUGGUUGGCAGCCUUAUCGAGAGUGACUGUCGAUUAACGGUGGCUGAAAUUGCUUCUGAGGUCGGAAUAAGCUUCGGCAGUGCUCAAGCAAUCAUUACUGAUGACCUUGGGUUUGGAAAAGUGUCCGCUACAUGGGUCCCUCGUCUUCUCACCGAAAAUCAGAAACGGUACCGUUUGGAGGUAUGCAAACGGCUAUUGACACGCUAUCAGGCCGAAGGGGAAGCUUUUUUGCACCGAAUUGUGACUUGCGACGAAACUUGGGUGCACCACUACACCCCGGAAUCCAAAGAAGCCAGUAUGGAAUGGCGAAAGAAAAGUGAAUCUGCAUUCGUCAAGGCCAAAACUCAGUUCUUAGCUGGAAAAGUUCUUGCAACUGUAUUUUGUUUACUUUAA